GGCGUCUCCGCUGCCGCCACCGCGGCCUCGCCUUCCGCCGUGGCUCUGCCCGCCGCGCCGAUGUCCCACAGGGCGCGAAGGGGGCAGGAGGAGGAAGGGGUGGAGGAUGAGGAGGAAGAAGAAGAAGCGGCGAGGGGCAGCCAGGCGCGACCUAAGAGCCACCCGGAGCCCGCGGCGAGCGGCGGCAGGACCCAGGACCGGCAUGAGAGGAAACGGAAGAGGCAGGAGGCGCAGCAGCUGCGGAAGCUCCAGCACCUGGAGUCCUUCUAUGAGAAGCCUCCCCCGGGGCUAAUUAAGGAGAAUGAAACAAAACCAGAAGACUGCAUACCUGAUGUACCAGGCAAUGAAAGUGCACGAGAAUUCCUGGCCCAUGCCCCGACAAAAGGGCUUUGGAUGCCUUUGGGAAAAGAAGUCAAAGUCAUGCAGUGUUGGAGAUGUAAACGCUAUGGACACAGAACAGGAGAUAAAGAAUGCCCAUUCUUUAUUAAAGGCAAUCAGAAAUUGGAACAAUUUAGAGUAGCACAUGAAGAUCCAAUGUACGAUAUAAUAAGGGAAAAUAAACGUCAUGAAAAAGAAAUGAGGAUACAGCAACUGAAGCAGCUCCUGGAGGACUCUACCUCAGAUGAUGAUGACAGUGAUGAGGAUGAUGAAGACAGCAGCAGCUCCACUUCCUCAGAAUGUAGAGAUAAACACAAGAAAAAAAAGAGAAAGAAGGAAAAGAAAAAAAAAGAAAAGAAGAAGAAAAAGAAGAGAAAGCAUAAAUCCUCUAAAUCUAAUGAGAAGUCAGAAUCUGACUGAUGGCAGUCACCUGCUGUGUGCUGAUUGACCUCCUACUUGUGAACUGCAAGGAAAGAUCCAGAGAAUGAGGAAGAAACCACCAGAAAGGGCUUUAUUAAACUCAGAACAUACAGAUGGAUACAUACAGCAUCCUACACUGGCUGUCCUCUUCUGCCCCUCUGCAGUGCUGCAGCCAGAAGGAAGAGAGCUGCAUUAAACGAUACUCAGUCAACCAUAUCCUUUUACUGUAAAACCUGUGUGCUAACGGUCAUCCGUCUUGGGCAAAUUGGGCCUCUGUGUUGCCGUAUGUGACUAUCAGCAGAAAGCAGUGACUACCAAGGCAUCGCCAACAAAUCUCCAGAGUUCAGCAGACUGUCUAUUGAAGUGUCUUUUCUCCAUGAAGUUAUUUUGUUUAUAUACAAAGCCUCAUUGUAAGGGGACUGCAGUUUGCACCGUGCAGAGCACUGACACUUCCCUUACAGUGCUUAUAAUAAGCAGGUUGUACUGUUAAUUUUUUUUUUCUCUGCAUACCGCCCAUGUGCUGAAGUUCAUUGUGCAUAUCCUAGUACUGGCAGCUGGGGAAAUAAAGAGCCCUGCUGGAGGGGGGAAAAAAGUUAAUCAAGGGGAUUUACUUUAAGACAAAAUUGCAGUGUCAGCAAGACUUGGGGGUUUUUUGUGUAGCAAAAUCUCAACAUCAUCGCCAUUAAUAUGCACAGUUUUGCAAUACCUGAAGUGUUCUCCAAACCACAGGAGUGGGAGCCAAGUGUAAUGAUGAUAGAUGUUCAACUUUACUGUAAAGAGGUAGUGGUUUUAGUUAUUUAAAAAGGGCGUUUUCAUGUUAGAAAUGAAAAAGAUUAAUUUCUACAUACACUUCAGUAUCAGUUGUUUUGAUACAUUUGAGGAUUGUUUUUUUUUCCUUUUAAAAAGGCUUGGGGAAAUAAAUUCCAACUUACUUUUUAUGUUUACUAGAAUUAUUUUAUGUAGUAAUAUUUUAUGAAUCAUCCCACAAGAAUAUAAAUGUGUAAGGCUUUCAAAAUGGUUUUCAAUUACAUGCAUGUAAGCCACAGAACAGUAGUAAAGAACUUGAAAGCAGGAAGAAGGGAAAGUUUUGUGUACUUAAUUGACGUUGUGGACAGACCACGCUCUUCUUUUAAAUAAUCUUGCAGACUUGACUAGAAAGAUUGAGAUUGCUAUAAACUGCAUUAGAGUAAGCAUCUCUUUUUGGAACCUCAAGGUAUAGUCGUACAAAGCUGUGAUUUGAGGAUCUAAAUGAUGUAUAUUGGUGUUCUGCAAAAGGAGAAAGAAAAAUAGAUUUGCUUGGAAAGGACUAGGAAGGACUUAGAACUGUGCUUAUAUUGAAAAAAACAAACAUCAUGAUAAAGUUCUAACACCAGUAGAGUGAACAUUAACAGUGAAAUCAAGGAAUGUAAAAUGCAUUUAAGAUUUUUUUUUUCCCCUCUGAGACCUUUGGAAAAGAUGACAGGGGAAAGUAUAAAUUAAAAUGUGUUUUCUCUCUCCUACAUGUCUAAAAGUCAUUUAGUAAAAACAAACCCCCAUGUCUUGCCAGUCAUUCAUAACACGUUCUGGGGAAAAAUGAGGCAGUCAAGGCAUACUUACAAAAAGAUUCUUUAUCUUAUGCCCAGAGCUUGAAUGUGCAGUUGUAUUUUAUCCUCCAGUAUUAUUUAGCAAAUCUCCCUGUGAUGGGAUUUUCUGGUGACUCCUGAUAAUUCCCUGUAUCAGCAUCACCAUCAACAAAUUCAAAGCUCCUGGCUCUUUCACCAGAAACAGAUUUAACAGCUGAAAUAGCAUUUCAUUUAUAAUGAAAUGAGAUAUAUAAUAAUAGCUCAGUUCUCUGUACUGCCACAUUUGGUCCUGAGAAAAUCCUUGUGUUUGUAGCCUUGUUGACUGUUGGACAGAUAGUGGAAGCCACAGCUAAGAGUCACCUGAUGCAUUCUGAGAGAAUUCUCUCUGAAGUUUGUCUAGAGCAGAGCUAACCUAAAGAUCUCUUCAGUUACUUCAGCUUCUGUCAUUUAAGAUUCCUCUGAAGUUUAGCUCAAUAAAAACAAACUCAGUUUUUCCUUA